UGAAUUUGAACAUGUUUAUCUUGAAAAUCUACCAUGUGCUUCGAUGUAUGAACGCAGUUACAUGCACAGAGAUGUCAUUACACACGUAGCAUGUACUAAGACAGAUUUUAUCAUAACAGCCAGUCACGAUGGACAUGUAAAAUUCUGGAAAAAAAUAGAAGAAGGGAUUGAGUUUGUUAAACACUUCCGGAGUCAUCUAGGUGUUAUUGAGAGUAUUGCUGUUAGUUCUGAGGGGGCAUUGUUCUGUUCAGUGGGAGAUGACAAAGCAAUGAAGGUGUUUGAUGUAGUCAACUUUGAUAUGAUCAACAUGCUGAAACUUGGCUACCACCCUGGGCAGUGUGAAUGGGUAUACUGCCCUGGAGAUGCCGUGUCUUCCGUUGCAGUAUCUGAGAAGACCACUGGAAAAAUAUUCAUAUAUGACGGACGUGGGAAUAACCAACCACUCCAUAUUUUUGAUAAACUGCAUGGGUCCUCUCUUACUCAGAUACGAUUGAACCCUGUCUGCAAAGUCAUAGUGUCUGCUGACAAAUCCGGAAUGAUCGAGUACUGGACUGGUACUCCUCAUGAAUAUAAAUUUCCCAAGAAUGUGAACUGGGAGUAUAAAACGGAUACUGAUCUAUAUGAAUUUGCUAAAUGCAAGGCUUACCCAUCCAGUAUAAGUUUUUCACCUGAUGGCAUGAAAAUGGCCACCCUAGGGUCUGACAGGAAAGUUAGAAUUUUCCGGUUUCUGACGGGGAAGCUUAUGAGAGUCUUUGAUGAAUCUCUGAGUCUAGAGAAAGUGGACGCAGUGAGAUUGAUUAAUAUAGUUUUUGAUGAAACUGGACACUUCGUUCUUUAUGGAACAAUGUUGGGCAUUAAGGUUAUAAAUGUAGAGACUAACAGGUGUAUUCGUAUCUUGGGAAAACAAGAGAACAUCAGAGUGAUGCAGCUAGCUUUGUUCCAAGGGGUAGCGAAGAAACACCGUGCUGCAAUCACUAUAGAGAUGAAGGCAUCUGAAAAUCCCGUCCUCCAAAAUAUCCAGGCAGAUCCAACAGUCAUCUGCACGGCUUUUAAAAAAAAUAGAUUUUACAUGUUUACUAAACGUGAACCAGAAGAUACAAAGAGUGCAGAUUCUGACAGAGAUGUGUUUAAUGAGAAACCUUCUAAAGAAGAGGUCAUGGCAGCCACUCAGGCAGAAGGUCCCAAAAGAGUUUCAGACAGCGCCAUCAUCCACACAAGCAUGGGAGAUAUUCAUAUCAAGCUUUUUCCUGUUGAGUGCCCCAAAACAGUGGAAAACUUCUGCGUGCACAGCAGAAAUGGUUAUUACAAUGGACACAUAUUUCACCGUAUCAUCAAGGGUUUCAUGAUUCAGACUGGUGACCCAACUGGUACAGGAAUGGGAGGUGAAAGUAUUUGGGGAGGAGAAUUUGAAGAUGAGUUUCAUUCAACUUUACGACAUGACAGGCCAUACACCCUCAGCAUGGCUAAUGCAGGACCAAAUACCAAUGGAUCCCAGUUUUUUAUAACAGUAGUCCCAACUCCGUGGCUGGACAACAAGCACAGUGUGUUUGGACGGGUGACUAAAGGAAUGGAGGUUGUUCAGAGAAUCUCAAAUGUAAAAGUCAAUCCCAAAACUGACAAACCCUACGAGGAUAUCAGCAUCAUUAACAUCACGGUGAAGUAAGCAAGGAGCUGAAGGUUCCAGCUUCAGCAGAAAAAAACUCGUCAUGGUCGGACUGAAAGAGGGACCUAUAAAGAACAGAAAUACUUUUGAUAAUUCCCAGAUACAAGAAGUGCCAGGACAGAGCAAGUUCCAGUUCUGCUAAAGUGCCCUAAGACUGUAUUUCUGUUAACUGUAUUUUGUAAGAAGCAUGCAGAUG